CAAUGUGGAACACUAUUCUCAAUAUUACUUCAUGAAAAUCUUGACUGAUUGAACCUCAACAAAACACGAAUUAUGGGCCGAAAGCACCAAAGUACUAAAAGAGGAUUAUUUCACAGAAGCCCAAUGAGGCGAAAGAUUUCCUCAUGAAAAGCUCCAGAGGUCCAUCAGCUCAUAAAUAUCGAGAUUACUUAAAAAUUAAUCGAAUUCAGCCUCCUCACAAUAUAAAUAAAUGAGUAGACAAACCUUCGAUCAAUGAAGUUGACUUCAAGACCAGGUACGCAAGUAUCAACUCUAAGAAAGGUAUCAGAAACUAUCAAGAAGGAAUGAACUCAUUUAUCCUGAAUGAUAACAAAGAUAGAGCUAGAAGUAAUAUGCAGAAAUUCUCCAAUCUCAACGGCGAUAUUGAUAUCACCCCUUAUUUUAAUGAGGUAGAGGAAGACUUUUACUCCAUUUUCUCCAAAAUAUCAUUAGAGGAAAGCAAAGGUAGCUUCCAAGGGGAGGAAAAUAAACAAGAGUGUAUCCAAGAGUCGAGCAGCAGUGAGCAAAGUUCCCCAUCGGUCAGCCAAUCCGAAAUGUCUCCUGACAACUUAUACCAUGAGGCGUACUUAAAAAUUCAGAACUGAGUGCAAGAUUCAGAAGGCUCUUUAGCAAGCAUCCGAGAGGCUAGCAAUAGCCAUGAUCCUUUGAAUUCAAAUUAUUGCAAAAAGGUGGAAAGGGUCCGGAAAUAUUUACUCGAUGAAAUACAAACAGAAGCUAAACCAUAGCACAGACCUGUGCUAGUGUCAUGCAUUCGAAGUUAUUUAACUUAAUUAUAAUUUUCUCUUCCCAACUU